UCGCAAGACUUCAGGACAAGGCCGCGGCAACUCUUCUUUCCCCAGCCGCGCUCGCAGGGCUCAGGGACGCUGUUUACCGGCGGAAAGCCAGGCCCCGCUAGCCCCGUGCGGCUCACACGCCACGGCUGAGAGCGAGGGCGGGCAGGAGGAAAAAAGAAGUCUGAGAUCAUGGCAGGGAAGCCCAAGCUGCACUAUUCCAAUGCAAGGGGGAGGAUGGAGUCAAUCCGAUGGCUGUUAGCAGCAGCUGGUGUUGAGUUUGAGGAACAAUUCAUAGAAAAGAAGGAAGACCUAGAAAAAUUACGCAAUGAUGGAUACCUGCUAUUUCAGCAAGUGCCCAUGGUGGAGAUCGAUGGGAUGAAGAUGGUGCAAACAAGAGCCAUUGCCAGCUACAUAGCUGGGAAGUACAACCUCUAUGGAAAAGACCUGAAGGAGAGAGCCUGGAUUGAUAUGUAUGUGGAGGGAACAAAAGACCUGAUGGACAUGAUUAUGUAUCUCCCUUUUCAACCAGCUGACACGAAAGGAAAGAAUCUUGCCUUAAUCAUUGAACGAGCUACAACCAGAUACUUUCCUGUUUAUGAAAAGGUCUUAAAAGACCAUGGCCAGGAUUAUCUUGUUGGCAACAAAUUAAGCUGGGCAGACAUCAAUCUGCUGGAAGCCAUUUUAAUGGUAGAAGAAUGUAAGCCUGGUAUACUGUCUGCAUUUCCCCUGCUACAGGCUUUUAAAGGAAGAACAAGCAACAUUCCAACAAUCAAAAAAUUCUUACAGCCCGGCAGCCAGAGGAAGCCACCAAUGGAUGAGAAAACUGUUGCCAUUGUGAAGAAGACAUAUGGUAUCUAACUGUGCGGCUGCUUAAGAUAACGUAAUUGUAGUAGAUUACCAGAGCUGUGCCUUAUUAAGUGGAAAUUGUAUAGAUGCAUUCUGUAGUUUGCAUCAUAUAGCCAGUGAUGUCCUAAUCAUGGAAACAAAAUACACUUUUAAGCUACAGAAAAAGUAAAAUUUGUAUAGGUUGAGUCCAGAAAAUAGUAUUUUGUGGAGCAGUUGCAUGAGAAAAAGUUAGCUGAUACUUUAUGUUUCUUUGAUGCCAGUAUGUGCCUGGAAGUGUAAAAUGUUUCAGCUACAGGUUCCAGAAUACUGCAGAAAGAUUCCCCUCCCCCUGCCCUUCAUCAAGUAAAUAAAAAAUACUAAUAAAUUAAACUCAUGAUAUGUGGAGACAGUGUUCUCACAGGAGAAUGGAUAUUUGGUACAUGAACUCUGAAUAACUCUGAAAGAUACAGCAAGGCCAUGGGAGG